ACAGUGCCCGCGGUGCUUGCCGGGACUUUGGGAUACUACAAGCCCAUUACAUGAUAAAAGGUUGUGGAAUUUCAAUAUGGCGGCGCGGCAUGUGCUGCGAACUCCUUGGAAUAUCUCGCCUGUAAGAGGAAAGACAAUUAUCUCUUCUCUUUUGGCACCAAUUACAAGGUUCAGGCAGGCUUGUUCAAUACAUACUCACAGUUCCAUACUUUCCAGUGAGCUAUCAUCUGCUGUAGAAACUGAUAAGACUAAACCAGAUGAGGGUGGAGAAAUUGUGGUAGAGAUUGUCAAAGAACUAAACACAAGGAACUGCACCCAUUUGUUACUUCCUCCUGUUCUAAGUGGUGACAUUAACAUUUUUUUUUCCUUCCAGCUUGCCUUGAAUGUUCUUUCACACAUUGCCUAUAAAAGAGGGAAAAUUCUCUUUAUUUCUGCCCACCCCCAGUUUGAAGAAUUGACACAGCGCACUGCAAGGGAAUGUGAUGAGUACUUUAUAACUCGCAGAUGGCGUGGAGGAACUCUGACCAAUUCUUACAUGUUAUUAGGAACAACUGAACUUGUUGAUCUGAUUAUAUUUUUGCAUUUGCCAUCAUUGGGAAAAAACACUCUAGCUGUGACAGAAGCUGCUCAGCUAAAUAUUCCUACUAUCGGCAUAGUUGACAGUGACUGCAAUCCUAAUAUGAUUAUGUAUCCCAUACCUGGAAAUGAUGAUACACCUUCUGCUGUCCAAUUGUACUGCAAUCUGUUUAAAAAAGUGAUAAUGAAGGCAAAAGAGGAGAGAAGAAAACUAGGCUCUGAUACUGAAGAGAGUGGUGAAAAUGCAUAAAAAUUUCUGUUGGAAUUUCAUCUUCCAAGAAGAAAAGUUUGAAAAGAAAAACAGAAGUGCUUCAAAGUUACUGGGAGAACUGUCUGUGUAUUAAAGAUAUCAAAAUUCACCCU